UAUGUGCAGAAGGGCACGCAUGAAAUGUCUGGCCCACGGUAAACAAGUACGGACGCUGCAAAUAAUCUACUCUGCUCGUCCAGUCCCUAGCCUAUAAAUAGAUGCCAUGCUAGCUCUUGUUGUGCUCACAAUUAAUCCGAUUACACACGAGCUUCUCUCCCUGGCCAAGACACAAUCAUAGUAUGAUGAAGAACAUGGCACUAGCCGGCAAUGGUAUGAAGAAGUUAAUCCUCGCUGUUCUCUUACUGUGUCUAGUUAUAGGGCAGAUACAAGUGGAAGCUAAGAGCUGCUGCCCAUCCACCACUGCAAGAAAUAUCUACAAUACCUGCCGUAUCACGGGUACAUCCCGUCCAACGUGUGCAAAACUGUCAGGCUGCAAAAUUAUCAGCGGGGACAAAUGCAAGCCCCCUAACGACCACCUCACCCUUGACCCGGACACUGAGGAAGUUAAUGUGCUUAACUUCUGCAAGUUGGGGUGUGCGUCGUCUGUGUGCAACAACAUCAACGCUGCUCUGGGAAAUGAAGAGGCGAACGAUGCCGUUGAGAGUUGCGACCAAGCCUGCUCUAGCUUCUGCAACGUGCACGUUGGCGCUGCCACCGUGGUUGCUUAAGCAAAUGCAUCCAACUGGAUCGUCCUUGUGCUGAAUAAUUGGAUAUCGUAUCCACUUAAAGCUGCCUUGUGUAGUACGUCUUUGUUUGUGUCUCUCUUUAUAUUCCAAUAAGGUCGGUGAUCUUGAUGCCACACACUCAGACGUGUGUUCAUCUCCAGAUACUACUCCAUGCUACCUACCCUUUGUGUUUUGUUCAAUAACUGGGUAUCAUAUUCCGGCCAGUGUGCCAUCUGUUUUGUGUUUAUUUCCUUCUAGUUCCAAAGGGGUCAUCAUGAUGUUACCUUCUUUCGAUAUGGUGCUUUGCAUGACUACUGUUGUAUGGUACCAUCUUGUUGGCCAAUAAAUACAUCUUAUCCUAUGACCCUUUGCUA